AAUCGGUAUAAAAAAUUUUAAAUAUGGAGUUUUUAAUGCAUUCUUUUGGACUUUCAUUUAUUUUGGGUUUACUGUUAGCUGUAUGUUUUAAAAGAUGUAAAAAGGCAAAGAGUGUUUGUAUUGUUGUCCUUGGAGAUAUAGGACGAAGCCCAAGAAUGCAAUAUCAUGCGAUUUCUUUUAUAAAAGAAGGAUAUUCUGUAGAAAUUGUAGGCUAUCCUGGUACACCACCUCUCAACAAACUACAAAAUGAUUCAAGAGUCAAAAUACAUUAUCUUAGUAUUCCUCCAAAUUUAAAUAGUAAAUUAAUCACAACUAUUUUUUACGCUUUCAAAGUAUUUUGGCAAUCUAUUAAUCUUUCAUAUAGUUUAUUUUUAAAAUGUAAUUCAAGUUAUUUGUUAUUACAAAAUCCUCCUGCAAUACCUUCUAUGCCUAUAUGUUGGUUUUAUUGUUAUAUUACUAGAACUAAAUUGGCGAUUGAUUGGCAUAAUUAUGCAUAUUCUGUUAUGAUUUUUAGUUUAUCAGAGAAACAUAUUCUUAUUAAAUUAGCUACUAUUAUUGAGGCAUUUUUUGGUGGUAAAGCAAUGUACAAUUUUUGUGUAACCAAAGCUAUGAAAGAUGAUUUGGAUAAGAAAUGGAGUAUCAGGGCGAAAGUAUUAUAUGAUCGACCUCCAGAUAAUUUUCAUCCUAUUUCUUUAAAAGAAAAACAUAAAUUAUUCAUUAAAUUAAGUAAAGAAUAUAAUAUUUUCAAAGGUACUGAAAAGAAUUCUACAAUAUUUACAAGAACAACAGUAAAUAAAGAAAUUGAGUUACAAGUCAAUAAACCAGCUUUAGUUAUGUCAAGUACUAGUUGGACUAAAGAUGAAGAUUUUUCUAUUUUAUUGGAUGCUCUUAAUGAUUAUAAUAAUGAAUGUGUAUUAAAUAAAUAUAAGGAGUAUCCAGAUUUAAUAUGUGUAAUAUCUGGUAAAGGACCAUUGAAAGCAUUUUAUUCAAAUAUAAUUGAAAAGAAAAAUUGGAAUCAUGUAAAAGUUCUUACUCCAUGGUUAGAAAAUGAAGAUUAUCCCAAAUUAUUAGCAAGUGCAGAUUUGGGGGUAUGUCUUCAUAAAUCUUCAAGUGGUGUAGAUUUACCGAUAAAAAUUGUAGAUAUGUUUGGCUGCGGCCUUCCAGUGUGUGCAUAUAAUUUUAAAUGCUUAAAUGAGCUUGUUAAAGAUAAUAAAAAUGGUUUCAUUUUUUCAAAUGCAGAAGAAUUGAGUACACAACUUAAGUUAUGGUUUAAAAAUUUUUCUCAACAACAAAAAAAUAAUCUAUUUAGAGACGAAUUAAUAAAGUUUCAGCAGCUUCGGUGGCAUAAAAAUUGGAUCAAUAAAGCACUACCUAGUUUUGAAAUUUAAUACAGCCUUUGUACUUUUAUAAAUUACUUGAUUCUAUUUUCGUUUUAAAUCACUUUAUCUUUCCAAUUGAUAUUUAUAUGAGAAAAACUGUGUAGUAUGUUCAUGUGUGCAUUUAAUGAUAUUUCAAAUUAAAAUGAUUUUUAAAAUAAUACAAA